UUAUUCUUCCGCCUGUGGAUUUAAAACUUCCGCCGGAAGUCUUCUCGUCCUCUUCUACCAGGCCGAUCCAACAUGGGACGCGUCAGGACCAAGACGGUGAAAAAGGCCGCCAGGGUCAUCAUCGAGAAAUACUAUACCCGCCUUGGCAGCGACUUCCACACCAACAAGAGGGUGUGUGAGGAGAUCGCCAUCAUCCCCAGCAAGAAGCUCCGCAACAAGAUCGCCGGGUAUGUGACACAUCUGAUGAAGCGGAUCCAGAGGGGUCCCGUCAGAGGCAUCUCCAUCAAACUGCAGGAGGAGGAGCGGGAGAGGAGAGAUAACUACGUUCCAGAGGUGUCCGCUCUGGAUCAGGAGCUGAUCGAGGUUGAUCCCGACACCAAGGAGAUGCUCAAGCUGCUGGACUUCGGCGGUCUGUCCAACCUGCAGGUGACGCAGCCGCCCGUCGGCAUGAACUUCAAGCAGCCCCGAGGAGUCUGACGUCUGUAAAGUAUCUUAAUAAUAAAAACCCUCUGGGACAAAAACCUC